AUGCCGUCAUUGAACACCGAGCCUCGUUUGAAGGCUGCAAGAGCGACACAAGUCAAUCUACUCUCACGUACAUCCAUGCAUAGAGAUGCUUCUUGUACAAGGACUUCAUCUUGGCGUGUUCUAUCAAAGAAUAUAUCAGUAGGAAAGCCAUUUUAUGUCUUGUUGACUGCUCUUGAUUGCAGUGGCAACAUAUCAGAGGCAGGUGAUUUUUAUAAGGCUAUGUUGACAAGCGGCACAAAAACUUUGAUGAUAUCAGUUGGUCACGUGACGGAUUACAAUAAUGGAUCUUACCUUAUUACUUUUGUUCCAUAUUGGAGUGGAGUGGCAAACAUUCAUAUCGAACUUGUUCUAACCAGUCGCGUCAUCAAAUUGAUUCAAAAUACAACAAAAUCGGGUUACAUCAUGCAGUGUUCUUUUCACAACGACUUUGGCUUUGCUAAUUCGCACUAUGUUGGUCCACAUCACAUGAACAAAAUCAAACUUGUAGUCAAAUUGGCUUUGAAGAAUGGUCGUGGACAAAAUGAAUUGGGAUUGUGUUACAUGGACUCACAAGUCAAUUUGCUGCCUCAUUUCAGUAAAUCAUGUGACAUGCGAUUUCCUUCUCAACAUCGUUUCUAUGGAGUGUGUCAAGGUUCUCAUAGCACUAAUUCUACCUUCUGCGAGUCUCUCCAUUGGUGUAUACGUGAUCAAAAGAUGUUUGAAAACCUUGACAAUGAAAAGGAUGUCAUACAAAAGAACACCGGCAUUGUGCUAGGAGACGUAAAGUCCGUGUAUGUAGCAAACGAUGCAAAUAGUCUAGAAAAAGUGACUAGCAAAACUCCAUGCCUGCCACAACCUGUGGUGAAGCCAACUGGUUACUGGAUGGGUAGAUACUGGAAAAACAGCAAUUGUUUGUUUGGAUGUGAUACCGUGAGCAAAUGGUGGUCGUGUUUGACUGGGAGAGAUUUGUAUAUGAUUGGCAGUGUGGGUGUGCGUGUGGCUUUGAAAGGUCAGUUCGUUCCACCGAAAUUGCAGGACCACGUAGUCGAGCAGUACAAUACAACCGUUCACUUUAAUCUACAUGGUCCACCGAUAGCGUCCUCAUCCGCCAUCAACUUUAGUUUAGCCACGUUUACUGCAGACGUCAUCGAUGCCAUUCCAGCAAACGGCAAUGAAAUUCUAGUAAUCAGCACUGUUCAUCAUUUUCUUAGUUUGUCUGUUGAAGGGUUUCAACAGCGUCUAAUGGACAUUGUUGCUGCCAUACGUCGUCUCCGACAGAGAAAGCUGGGCAAAAAGAUUCUCAUCAUAUUUCGCACGGCUAAUCCUCGUGGAGGCACAACAUUUCGAAGAAAUCCUUACCGUCUCAAGCGGUACAGUCAGAUGGCGAUAGAUACAUUGGUGGCAGCAAAGCAAGACGUUAUUGUGUAUGAUAUAUUUGAUAUGUUUCUUGCGUAUCCUGGGAAAGCGAUGGUCCACCUUCCUGACGAUAUGAUGACACUGCAGAUGAAUCAUAUUCUCAGUCUGGUUUGUCCUCUAAAAUCAUAG